GUAAUCUGAGCGUUAUUUUAUAGAACGAAGGAAAAGUGUUUGUGCUUGCUGUCAAUUAGUAUGAAAAGCUUUUGUAAUCAAAUUUUAAAUAGCUUUUAAUGUUCUCUCUUGUUCACUAAACGCAACUAAGGAACACAGGCAGCAUGUUCUACACGCAUGUGCUUAUGAGUAAGCGGGGGCCAUUGGCCAAAAUCUGGCUUGCCGCUCACUGGGAGAAGAAACUCACAAAGGCCCAUGUAUCUGAAUGUAAUCUAGAGAUAAUCAUUGAGAAAAUUAUUUCACCUAAGGUGAAAAUUGCACUUCGGACUUCAGGACAUCUUCUCUUGGGAGUUGUUCGGAUCUAUAAUAGGAAGGCAAAAUAUCUUUUGGCAGAUUGCAGCGAAGCAUUGCUUAAAAUGAAGAUGACGUUUCGCCCAGGACUAGUUGACCUUCCAAAGGAGAAUUUUGAAGCAUCUUACAGUGCUAUCACACUGCCAGAAGAAUUUCAUGAUUUUGAAAUCCAGAAUGUGAAUGCUAUUGGUGUUUUAGAAAAAUUUACUCGGAACCAAAGCAGACCAGAAGAAAUCACACUUAGAGAAGAUUAUCACAAUGUUCUACUUUUCCAAGCUGGGAACUUUGGGGCGGAACCUGAAAUCCUGAGAAGCCAUAGCUUCUUUGAUGACAACAUCUUGCUGAAUUCCAAUGGUCCUUUAGUUGAACAUAGUUCUGGAAGCCUCAAUGCAGAAAAAUCUCUGCUCUAUGACAGUGGAGAUGGAUUUGGUGAUGAAGGGGCUGCAGGAGAAAUGAUUGACAACCUAUUACAAGAUGAUGAAAAUAUCCUGUUAGAAGACAUGCAUUUGAACAAAGAAGUUUCCAUGCCUCCUGAGCCUCCCAGUACUAUAGUGGUAGAACCAGAUAAUCCAGAGUGUAUACAUCUACUGGAAAAUGAAAAAAUGCAUGAAACCACAUUAUCAAACGAAGAGGAAGGAUUUACCCUUGUUCCGAUUGAUACUUCAGAUAUUGCUUGGAAAAGGAAAAACAAAAAGAGGAAAUUGCUCAUAGAUCCAGUCAAGGAGAUCAGCAGCAAAACUAUGCAUAAACAGCUUACUUUCUUCGCUGACACUCUCAUGGUUUUGGAACUUGCACCUCCUACCCAAAGACUGAUGAUGUGGAAAACAAGGGGAGGAGUGGAUACACUUCUGUCAUCUGCUACCCAGGAUUUGAUUCAUACUGAACUGAAAAUGUUGUUUACAAAAUGCUUUCUGUCUUCUGGCUUUAAACUUGGAAGAAAGUUGAUACAAAAGGAAUCAAUAAGUGAAGAAAUGGGGGGGAGAAACGUAGUAGAGACCUCCAUGAUGAAAGAUCCAAAUUCCCAGCAAGAGUUAAGCCAACCCAAAACUUGGCAGGAUAUGACUGAUGAAUCUCACUAUAGCUCUCAAGGGGAUACUAAUAAAAAUAUUAGCUUUGAGCAGGAUAUUGUUUCUUUGGCUGCUGAGGAACCCUCUUUAAUGAAUGUAACCUUGGCACAAGGAAUUGAAAAUGGUUCGGUUGAAUUGGAGUCAUUGGGAAGUGAACAAAAUAUUGAGGCAAAGAGAUGGAAUCGAAGAAUACAUCGGCUGUUAAAUGAUUUGCGGGAAUCUCACAAGACAGGAAUGAAGUGCUUUAGUCUGAUGACUCUCUGCAGAAAUAGUGACCGAAAACAAGCUGCUGCCAGAUUUUAUAGCUUUCUUGUCCUAAAAAAACAGCAGGCUAUUGAGCUGAGCCAGAGUGCCCCCUAUGCAGAUAUUAUAGCUACAGUGGGACCGAUGUUCCAUGAAAUAUGAAGGAAAUUCAGAACAUGCAGAUUUAUGUCAUCAUUGGAAUUUCUGUAUAGAUUGUUCGAUUUAAUGCAGCAGCCGCCUGGAAGCAGCUGAAGGUCUGAUCCCUUUCAUAGACAAGCCAACCUGCCAUUUCUUCUUUGUAAGCUCAGAAUAAUCAUAGCCAGAGCUGGAAACGUAUAUGCUCACAGAAAUACUAAAUUAUAGCUGAGUAAUAGUUUUAACUUAGCUGACUUGAAUGUAUAGCACGUACCAUUUCCCUGACUUGAAUGUUGCAUUUAGAAACAUUUUGAAAAUAUUAUAUGGCUCAGGAAACACUCAAGGAUGUUAUUAAAAGGCUACUUUACAUUGGAAUAUUUAUUUUAAAUUUAUGGGGCUAAUUAAUAAUUAAUACUUUUUUAUUUCCCCGCAGACAAUAAUUUACUUAUUUUUACAUUUUUAUUUAUUUCAGAGAGGAAGGAAGAGGGAGAGAGAGAUAGGAACAUCAAUGAUGAGAGAGAAUCAUUGAUCGGCUGCCUCCUGCGCACCCCCUACUGGGGAUCGAGCCCACACCUGGGCAUGUGCCCUUGACCGGAAUUGAACCUGCCGGACCCUUCAGUCCACAGACUGAUGCCCUAUUCACUGAGCCUAACUGGUUAGGGCCAGACAAUAACUUAUUUGAGUCAAAUGCAUAUCAUCCUUGAUUUGACCUAGUGCCAUGGUUUUCAAUCUAAUAUCUUAAUUGAAGAGUUAUAAAAUUCAUCUUUGUUUUAAAUUAUCUAAAUGGCUGUUAGUCUAUUUAUAGGUUAUUUAACCUUUUUGUUCACUACUUACUGAUUAUUAUAAUCACCAUUCAUGUGUCAGUAAAACUAUGUUUAUUAUGUUAAAAAUGUUAGCAGAUAUGUUGUCUGCAGCUGGAA